AUGUGCUCUCUUGCUUUAUUCCCCCCUCCACUUCCCCCUGGACAGACAACUUUUUGCGAGUCGAACAACGAGCUCCUGACGGGCAGCAACGCGGAGGAGCUUCUGCAGCAGGAGUCAAGUCCUCAGACUUUGUACUUCCCCCGAGAGUCCCUCAAGCUACAUAGUCGUACAGAGAGCAGCAGCAAAGCAGCCUUCCUGGACCACUCGGAGACGUUGUGGAUGAGGAGUGCAGCAGUUUGGCGGGAUAGUGGUUUUACAGGCUUGCUGAAGGAAAUCACCAACUCAUAUGAGGAGGUGCCCAAAUGGAUGUCUGUGAGUUCUGGCUGCAUCCUGGCUUUGCUGGAGAGGUUCUCUUCCUUCCGCAGUUCCUUAUUUCCUCACCUCACUUUAAGCAGCGAGGACAUGAUUGCAGAGUUUUCACAGGUGCUGAAUUGGUCAGACUGCGUGGUGCGAGCUUUUGCCUGGCAUCCUCAUACUGAUAAAUUUGCUGUUGCCCUGUUAGAUGACUCAAUUAAGAUCUACAAUCCCAAAAGUGCUACAACUCCUACCCUAAAGCACCGUCUCCAGCGGAAUGUUGCAGCAGUGCAGUGGAAGCCACUUUGUGCAUCUGGACUCGCUGUGGCUUGCCAGAAUGGUAUACUGGUCUGGCAUGUGGACCCUUGCUCGUUAUCAACCAGGCCUUCAUCUGGAUGCGCUCAGGUUUUGUCACAUCCAGGCCACUCACCAGUCACUUCCAUUGCUUGGUCACCAAACGGCUCUCUCCUAGCGUCGGCCUCACCUAUGGACACUGAAAUGAUGGUAUGGGAUGUAGCAGCAGAGAGCUGUGUGCCUCUCCAGCGUGUCGGAGGUGGAGGGGUCAGCUUUCUCUCCUGGUCCACUGAUGGAAGCCAUCUUCUUGCCUCAACGCCGUGUGCUGUUUUCAGGGUCUGGGAGACCAGGAUGUGGACAUGUGAACGUUGGCCAUGUGACAAAGGCCGCUGCCAGUCCGGUUGCUGGAGUCCAGAUGGGAGUCGACUUCUCUUCACUGUGCAGGGAGAACCUGUUAUCUACGCUCUUACCUUCACUGACACACCAGGUCUACCCACGGGCACAUCGAAAGGGUCGCGAGUAGCAUCAGUGGUGGCGGACUUAUCACAGACUACAUUUAACACACCAGAUGGAGAUGUCAUGACUGUUGGCGGAGAGAUCCAGUCACUGUCGUGGGACCCAAGAGGAGCAAGACUUGCUGUGCUUCUCAAAGGUGAUCCACAAGCAAACAGACCUGCAGUAAUUCCUGUGUUUAAAACCAGAACAAAGCCCAUUUUUGAACUUUUGCCAUGCGGUUUUGUUCAAGGAGCUCUUGGUGAAGAACCAAGACUUUUGCAGUUCCGGCCAAAUUUUCAGCAAGGAGCUCUGCUAACUGUGUGCUGGUCUACGGGAAGAAUCACACAUGUGCCUUUCUACUUCCUAAGUGGGAACAUCGGCCAGUUUGGGCUCAAUGGCACUCCAACGCUACCACGCCCUCAGGAACAUCCUACUAGCUUAGCCAAUCAGUCACUCUAUACUGAGCUCAUGUCAUGA